CCUUCUGGAGGCAAGAUGGGUCGCGGAUCGGCUCGCAGCAAGGCGGGCGGAGGAAGCCACUCAAAAGAUGUUGAGUGGACCAUGAAGCCAGCUUACCUGAACAUCACUUUACUUGAGUUCCUCCGACAAGGCCAAUUCGAAAGAGACCUGCUCACUUAUUGCGCCAACCGGCUAACUGAGUACACUUGCGUCUACUGGCUCGAUCCUAGUUCUAGCCGCAAGCAUUCUCCUCACUCCUUUCGGACCGGAGACGAUCUUGAGAAAAGAACUGGCAUCAAGAUGGGCUCAACCGCUGUAUACCCAGUUUAG